AGUCUCUCACUUUGUAGUAAAUGAAUGUAAUGUGAGAGAACCAAAUUGCUUUCUUCAGACACCACAAGUACCUAACUGAACCAGAAAAUUGUUCUUCUGACAUAAAUCAUCUCACUCACUAUCUUAAAAAAACCCCAGAAACCUCAGAGUGGGGGUUGCGAGAGGAGAUGAGAGACAGUUGUGUUCAUUAUCACGUUCCACCUGGAUGCGUUCGCAGCAAAACUGUGUUUUCUCCCGGAGGACGAAUCCCUCGCUGUGGCUGUGAGAGCGACCGCUUGUCUCUUAAGUGUGUAAUAAUACAGCCUGUCUUACCGGGUGACCCUUUGACCUGCUUCAUUUGCUCCACGGUUCCCCGGAGACCGUAGAGAGACCCGGCUACACUCGGCGCUGCAAAGUCUCCAAGCAACAGCCAGCAGUGUGGGCGACAGAAGAGAUGCGCCAUCGACGCAGCAAAGCGCUGUCACGCUGGAGGGAUCGCCUCGUGUCAACCAAGCAGUGAGGGGAAACGCUGGAAACGGAUGAUGGCACCUGGCAAGUGAGCACUGCGGUGUCCCUGAAGUGCAACACAGGACGGCAAAUCGGACAACACAAAGACAGAGGACACACUUGGGCUGCGAGGCCAGUCCUGAUGCCAAGAGGGGAAGGAAGAAAGAGGAGCGCAACGGCGAGGAGAGCAGGCACUGCCAGCUGAAGAAACUCAAAGCGGAGAUCAUCUCCAGGUGCAUGACCCAGGCAAAGAUCGACGAUUUGAUCUUCAACUUCAUUGUGGAGGAUUGCCAGUCGUUCUAUGUGCUGGACCAGCCUGGCUUCAGGAAGCUGAUCGCGGGCCUGACUGAGGGGCUGAAGUCCAUGGACAGGGUGACCUUGUUCCAAAAGGUGGACCAGGGCUUCUCCCGGAUGCGCGAGGAGCUCAUGGCAAAACUCGCCAACGUCCAGUACGUGUGCACCACGGCGGACAUCUGGACAGCCAACAGCAGGAGCUUCUUCGGGAUGACCUGUCACUGGAUCGACAGCCACUCUCUGGAGAGGAAAUCUGCCGCUCUGGGCUUCGCGCGGCUGCAGGGCAGGAUCACGUACGACACCAUUGCCGGGCGAAUACACGACAUCCACGUGGCCUACAACAUCGAGAGCAAAGUUCAGACCACCGUCACGGACAACGGCAGCCCCUUCGUCAGCUUGUUCAAGGAGUUUGCGGUGGAAGGCCAGGAGAGCGACGAUGACAUUGGGUUCUACGAGAACGUGAGCGCCGUGCUCGAGGGCGAGCCCGAGCAGGACAUGCUCCUGUUCCUGCCGACCGUGCAGCGCUGCGCAUCACACACUCUGGAGCAGAUUGUCGCCGAGGACUUUUGGCAGGCGGUGUCACAGGGGCCCAUGUGCCAGCUACACUACAGCACAAUGGCCAAGGUGUUUGUCCUAUGGAGCAAAUGUCACCAUCUCCAGGUCGGUAUGGAUGCGGCGGAGGAGAUCGGAAAGAUGGCCCUCGUCGUCCCCGCGGUCAUACGUUGGAACGUGGAGUACUGUGCCGUGCAGAAGAUCGUCUCUCUCACGGAGCGGGAGCUGACGGAGCUCUGUGCCCGCCUGGAGGUCCCACGCAUUCAGCCAGAGGAGAUGGCCUUCCUGAAGGAAUACGUGACUGUGUUCCACCCGCUCGCUUUUGCACUUGAACUUUUCCAAGCGGAGCAGAAAUGCUACCUGGGCCUCGUCAUCCCGACCAUACUCAGUCUGAAGAACAAGCUGAACGAGCAGAAGGACGCAGCAAAGUACUUCAGCGAGGUCAUCAACGCCAUUGUGAUGGCCAUUGAUGUGCGGUUCCAGGAGCUGUUUACCAGCACAGAGGCGAAGAUUGCGACAGCGACGACUCCUCAGUUUCGCCUGUGGUGGAUGGCUGCAUCCGAGAGGGAGGAGAUGUGCUCCGCGCUCGCCACCGAGGCGUCCCAGAUGGACCCCUGUCAGGUAGCCGAGGCGAACACCAGCCGGAAUCUGUCCACCAUUGAGUCGGAGGAUGACUUCUUCAGCUACGGCCCCGUGAAGUCCGGCGCGCACAUCCAGGAACGGGGGGUGAUGGAGGAGAUCCGCAAUUACUUCGAAGGAACAGGGAAGAGCCUCGAGUGCCUGCAGGACUUCCCCCGAGUGAAGCAGCUUUUCCUAAAAUACAACACCACCUUGCCGUCCACGGCCCCCGUCCAGCGUCUCUUCAGUCAGAAAGGCAACCUGGUCACGUCACAGAGGAACUUUCUGACCGACGACUACUUUGAGCGCGUUCAGCUUUUGAGAUACAACAGCAACGUCUGCUCUUUGGCCACAGAGUGAAUACAUUGCCGGGGACGGACUCUCUCGCAGCCUUUUUGUAUUGACGCAGAAACAAACCAUAUUGUGCUUCAAUCGCAGAGUUAAUAUAUAAUUUCAGAUGACGUAGCUUAGACGUGUUUUAUAAUGUUACCCCCUCACCUGUUUUGAUAGGCAUAGCGUAUUUCUCUCUCACUCCAGAAUGGCCUAGUGAGAAUAUCAGUAUUGACAAUCAUGGAUGGUGACAUCAUUCAAGGACUAAAUGUACUGACAAAAGCAUCUUUUAACGUGUGCUAUCAUUGUGAUUUGAAGUAGCCACAGUGUUCAACUGAAGUGAUUCGGUCCCUCAGUUCAGUUCAGUCAGUUUUUUCUACAGCUACUCAAUGAGAAUGCAUCUCCUGUCUGUAUGUUUUAUAUCAUAUAUAAAGAGACAAGGAAAGAGACUUUUUUUGUUUGCCCCCCCCCCCCUCAAAUAAUUAGUAAUUACAUAGGUGAUGGAAUGGGAUCGGCUGCCUUAUUUGCGUGCAACCAUGACUGCGAGUACUGUUUGAAAGAAAACCAUGUCUGUGUGUGAAGAAGACAGAGAAACUCAAAAAAAAAAAAAAUCCAGUGCCGCAGAGUCCCGGG